CCCGAACAGGCAACCGGUGUAACUGCAAAAAGGAUAGCAAACUGUGGGACAGCAAAACUUUUUAUAGUUUUUGAAACGUUUUUACCUACCUAUUCCGUUCCUCUCCAAGUUACGCAAACCAUUUCAUAAACAUAAAAUGGAUGGGAUGAUUGUGGAGGAAUGGGGCAAGGAUGCGAAAGACAUGAGCGCGUUCGGAGGGCAGCAGUCGAGUUUGGGGAGGGGGGAACACCGUGGGUACCCAGAAGAUCUGGCACUAAUGGACAGCAGCGACCCACGCGCCUGGCUGGCUCCCGUGCAGCCUGGCACCUGCGCGGCACACGCCGACUACCUGUUGCACUCGCCCGGUUCCAGCGUGGAAGGCGUGUCCCCUUCGUCAAGCCACAGCUCGAGCUACAGGAAGAGUACCAAGAGCCCCGCCAAAGUGCGCGACCUCUGUCGACUUAAGGGGGUUGUGGGAACGGAGGAGGGCAGACAGAGAGCUCCAUCCAGCAAACCGGCGAAUGGGGUGCAGAAACAGAGGCGAGUAGCGGCCAAUGCGCGGGAGAGACGGCGGAUGCAUGGACUGAAUCAUGCUUUUGACGAGUUGCGCAGCGUCAUUCCGGCUUUCGAUAAUGACAAGAAGCUAUCCAAGUAUGAGACACUGCAGAUGGCACAAAUCUACAUCAACGCGCUGUCGGACCUGUUGCAGGAUCCAGCUGCAACGGCGGAGUCGCAAAAGGGCGAGCUCAGGUCUGCCACUGUCUACGACGAGGACAGCAGUCCUCGGGGACCGUCGUCUUCCUCGUGCCGGAGAGGGAUAGCCGCAGCGUACCCGGUGCAGCUCAACACGACGCCAUUCCAGUUCGACAACGGAGCGUUCGCGACACUAAUAGGACAGGAGAUGCUGUCUCCCACGGAAACGCUGAAGUCUCCCUCCGGGGACAGCAAAGACUCGCCCCGUUCGAACCGAAGCGACGGAGAGUUUUCCCCACACUCGCACUUCAGCGACUCGGACGAGACGCAGCUACAAAGUGAAGAUGAGCUCCCAGAACUGAAACUUACCAGCCACCAUACUUUCUAACGGCGAUUCCCAUAGGAAUUUGAAUGUCUCAUCUCAAUAUUUUCCGAAGUGGGAAUAUCCCCUCAACUCUAACGCGUUACUUAAAAAAAAAACUUUAAAACAUUAUUAUGUUUGAGAAAACAUUAUUAUGUUUGAGAAAACAUUAUU